UUGUGAGAUGAGAAAAUGGUGGAAAGGGAGCGACUUAAUGAAGCCAUAGGCCUCUUAACUAAUAUUUUAGAUAGGCCUUCUCCAAAUGUUGUCACAUCGCUGUCAGGAAUGAUGGAUCAAAGGCGACAGUCGACGUCGUCCACAGUAGGCAAUUCUAGUGCGAGCGUUGACGAGGAAUUGCAGCGGGCCUUCAGACGUGGAUCAGGUGCAUCAGGGAGUGGCGGUGGAGCCUCAUUAGGCGCCAACCUGAACCAAGUGCUGCAACCCCGAUAUCAAACUCAGCAGUAUUUUGGAUGGACUUCAAAGUCAAGGAAGAGGACCACUGGCACUGUCCAAAAUCACCCCACCUUCACCAAGGAUGUAAUUCUGUUACCUCAUCCAGAAUGGGAUGCAGUUUGUAAGCACAAAACAAAGAGAAGGCUUCAUCAAAAAGGCUUUAUUUUAAAUGCCUUCGAGAUGAAGAAAAUCUGGGACUGCAGGACAGUCAUUGCUGAGCUAAGGGAAGCAUUCAAGGACAACAUUCCAGAGGGAGUCAGUAUUGAACUUUUGAUGCCAUGUGGAAACAAACUUGUUUCACCAAAGCUGCGUGAGGGACAGGAACUGAAUGGCUUUCUAAUUCACAAAGUGUUUAAGUCAAAGGCAGUGUACAUCAGGCCAUCAAGCAUGCUUCAAAAUACGUUGGACAGCUCAGAUUCAGAGGAUGGUAUGAUGGCAGACACACAAUCCACAUCCAGUGAACAGCACAUUUCCACUCAGGCUACCCCUGACUGUGUGACAAGGGCUAGAGGAAACCAAAUUGCAUCAACACCACUGGUUUCUAGUUAUCCUUUCACAAGAAGUGGCAGAGCAAACCGAGCCGGGGCAGAGCAGCAAUCUUCAAGUGGAAGAAUAACCACAGAGACCCAGCGCAGUGCAGUUGAGCUUUAAUCCAGUGGCAGCAUGGCCAGAGAGACCCAGCGCAGUGCAGUUGAGCUUGAAUCCAGUGGCAGCAUGGCCAGAGAGACCCAGCGCAGUGCGGUUGAGCUAGAAUCCAGUGGCAGCAUGGCCAGAGAGACCCAGCGCAGUGCGGUUGAGCUAGAAUCCAGUGGCAGCAUGGCCAGAGAGACCCAGCGCAGUGCGGUUGAGCUAGAAUCCAGUGGCAGCAUGGCCAGAGAGACCCAGCGCAGUGCGGUUGAGCUAGAAUCCAGUGGCAGCAUGGCCAGAGAGACCCAGCGCAGUGCAGUUGAUGACUAUACUACCUACCUCUCGAUCAUGGGUUCCAUCUCUGACCAUUCAUCUGAUGAUGAGGAGUUAAACCAAGCGAUUAUGGCCAGUCUUCAGAGUAAUAUGUAAGUGAGUGGGUGAUAAAAAUAGUGCAGUAAUUAAAGAUAAACAGGAACAGGGUGAGCAUGAAGUGAAUCUGAUAGGACUUUUUACAAUAUUGACUUCAUAUAGGCACAUCAGCCACUAGCCAUUUUCCACUUGUAAAAUCCUUUAGGUUUGCAAUGGGGGUUUUGUUGUUGAAAGGUAUGCUCUUAUCCCUAUCCUAAAACAUUUUUUUCUUUCUACAGGGAAAUCGCAAACACCAAGUCUUCACAGGAAGUGCUCCUCGAUCUUGCAUCCAAAAUUGACACAAACCAAAGAUGCAGGUUUAACAUAAAUAGGUCAGCAGUUCUGGAUGGUGCUGUUCGUGGCUUCAAACGAGUUUCCUACAAUCCUGCAUCCCAGAUGUCCGUCAAGUUUUCCGAUGACUUGGGAAUAGAUGAAGAGGCUGUGGACCUUGGUGGCCCAAGGAGAGAGUUUUUAAGACUCCUUAUGGAAGCAUUGGCACGGUCACCAAUGUUUGAAGGAAGGGACAGCAAAUUGAACUUGGCUCUACACAGUGCUGCUUUAAGAGAAGAUCGGUAUUUCAUUGCUGGACAGGCCAUUGCUGUUAGCCUUGUUCAUGGGGGUCCUCCACCAGGAUUCCUUGCACCAACACUGUAUUCGUGUCUUGUUGGUGGGCACUCCUCAAUUAAGCCUGACUUGGAGGACAUUGUUGACGCUGACCUUUAUGAAAAGGUUAAAAAGGUGUCAGAAUGUUCUUCUUUGAAUGACCUCUCACCACAGAACCACUCCAAGAUUUUCUUGCAAAUGCAGGGUGUCUCAGGCCUUUGAAAUCCAUAGAAGACAGAGACCUGUUGGUCCAAGACAUUACCAUGUUCCAGGUGGUCCACAGAGUUGCAGGAGCAUUUGAAAGAUUUAAGGAGGGGCUAAAGGUCCUUGGCGUUCUAGAUGCAAUUAAAAUGCAUCCAGAAAGUUUCCGGCCUUUGAUGUGCCACGAACCAUCGGCUCUCACUGCUGACGUAAUGGACCAUCUAUUCCAUAUCCUGCUGUCUGAAGUGGGAAGCAACAAAAGAAGGACAGAGGAAGUUGUGGUUCCCUUUUGGAGGGAUUACCUGCAGGAUGUGGAAGAUCAAGAGGGACCACCAAAGUUAGGGAAAAUCCUUGCCUUUGCAACAGGUGCAAGUGUCAUCCCUCCAGUUGGCUUCUCUCCUCAGCCAUCAAUUGAUUUCCUGCAUGGGCAUCCCUCCAGCCCCAAACAGCGUCUGCCCAUGGCGAACACUUGCAUAAACUGCCUGAAGUUGCCGCUGCUUGAGACUUAUGAUGAUUUUAAAGAGUGCAUGGACUUUGCACUAGGUAACACACAGGGUUUUGGAAGAGAGUAAUGGGAACAUUAUGUUCGUUCCAUCUACCUCGUUCAGGAGGUUUCAGCCAGGUUCUUGAAGCAAUGUGAACAACAAUUUUUGUUUUUAAUUUUAGCGAAGUGCAAAAAAACAUUAUUCUUUAAAAGUCACUUUUAUUAUUUAUCAACCAUUGUAUAUUGCUUUAUUAGUGCUGACUGAGUAACUGGGCACAUCAUUAAGGUAUUAUGGCCCAGUGGUGCAACAAAUCACAUAAAUAUAUAACUUACUUUCAGUCUGUUUAAAAAAAAAACAGUGCUUGUUUUGUUACUUUAAGUGUGAACCAUUUCCAGUGUUUACUGUUCACUAAGAACAUUCACCAGAACUAAAAAAAAUGAUAUGCCGUGAUUACCAUCAUCACUCAAAGGGUCAAAUAGUUCUUCAAUUCUGUUCAUCAUGGUUUGAUUAACAUUAAAGUCAUUUACCGGAACCACAA